CGUGUGGUGGGCCCCAAUCAGCUGCUCGCCAGCUUGUAUUUGUUUUGUUUUGCUCGGCGUGCGUUUUGUGUCUCCGGCUAUUAUCCGGCGACAAUGGGCAAAAGCAAGAAGCAGGUGCGCGAAUUCCAUGCCGCCAAGGAGGCGGCCGAGGCCACAGACUCCCGGCUGGACACCUGCAACGAUGCCUACACGAAUGGGGCCUUCAAGUACCUGAGAUUCCUGGUCCACCUCUUGGCGGCGGCUCAGUUCUCCUAUGGAAUUUACUACCACUACUUUCGGGUGCACUGGCCCACGGAUUUGCAGGACGAGGAUGAGCUGAAGGCGCGCUGGGGUGGCAAGUUCAAGUACCUCACCUUCCUGAACGUGAUUCUGCAGGCCAUCUACCACACAGUGGCCCUUCUGAACGAUCUUUUUGGCGACAACCGGGUCACUGGGGUUACAAAGUCCAGGUUGAGAUCGGCGAGGGACUAUGUCUUUGCCGCCUUUGCCUUUCCAGUCGCUCACAACGUGUGCCUCUCGUUCUGGGUCAUUUACAUGUGGGACCGUGAGCUCAUCUUUCCCACUGCGCUGGAUACGAUUUUUCCCAGCUGGCUGAAUCACGUGGUGCACACGAAUGUUGCACUCUUGGCCAUCAUGGAUCUGUUUACCUGCUUCCGCCGUUAUCCGAGUCGAUUAAGCGGGAUCACGGGCAACGUCUCCUUCAUAUUGCUCUACAUCAUCUGGCUGCAUAUUGUUCGGUAUUUCAGCGGGGAGUGGGUAUAUCCUAUUCUGGAGGUGCUGCCUUUAUACCUGCGCUACCUGUUUUUGGCCCUGCUGGUGGGAUUUAAUAUAGUGUGCUAUCUGCUCGGGGAGUUCGUCAACAGCGUCGUCUGGGAACCGGAGUUCAAGCUGCUGAAGCAACAAAAGGCCAAACAGUGUUAAGAGUCGAGGAUUUCAAAUCGGUUUAUUGACAUACACAAAAGUAUGAGAUAUUAUAUAAAAUGGUAGGCACUUUUCGAGGUAAAAUUUGUUUGCCCAAAGAGGCUUAUUUGUAUCCUACUUUAAUGUAUAAUCUAAAGUCUAGUUUAAAGCUUAGUACUCACGGCAAAGGAAAAUAAUCAAUAAAAUUAAGUGUGAGUACCAGCAUUAAGGAAACAGUCAUUCACAAAAGUACACAGAUGCUUACUAUCUAAAUGGGAAGAUGAGUUUGUAAAAUAACGUUCGCAGCCUAAUGUAAAUGAGUAUUCGUAAUUCGUAGUUGUAGUUUCGCUUAUUCUGCUCAGUAAAAAAAUUAAGAAUAAACCAUAGCGCCAUCGCAAUGUAAAGUCAAGGAAACGUAUACAUUUGGCCUUUUUCGGUUUUGCUCAGUGCUCAAAGGAAAAGGAAAAUAAUCAGGAAAAUAAAUUUAAUUUCCUUUCCCUGAAGAUUUUUUUUGGCUUAAGUACCAGGAUUAAGAAAAAAAUAAUUCAAAAACGUACACUGAUUUUAUAAAAUAACUUUCGCAGCUUAUUGUCUAUGAGUAUUCGUAAUUUGAAGUUGUAGUUGUUUCGGUUUUUCCGGUAUGGUGGUUUAAUUUCGAUUUGUUCUACUCAGGUUUCUUUAAAGAUCAGGUUUAAAUCUAUCAAUAGAUUAUAUAAAAUAUCACUUAUGUUUCAUAUUUGAAUCAAUAAACAACUAUACAAUAAUUCA